CCUGUGGAAGCCGUGAUGAACAGCUGAUCCUCCCGCAGUGGAUAAAAAAAAACAUCACAAUGGUCACCGUCAAGUCGUGAUUUCUCAUCCCACGCGUGGCACUAUGUGAAUAGUUAUCGGAGAAGUAGUCAAAAGGGAAAUCAUUAAAAGGAGGGUAGUUCUUUUUGGAGUGAGUUAUUUUUCUCCCACCGGUUUGGACCUGUUGGUCAUCAGUGUGCCAGACGGACACACUGUGCGCUCAGCCAACCUGCCGCUCGCUGCUCUGCGCUCACCGCCGCUCCAUCAUGUUACUGUCAAGCUUCAUCCUUUUCACCUCCUCGUACUUUUUGGCGCCUCUGUUUCUCUGCUACCUGCCUCAAGUGUCGGCGCAGAAGUCUGGCUCACGGUGGCUGAUUGGAGACAGAGACAGUCACUGUGGCGUCAUCUGCUCGAGGACGCAGGGGAAGCCGGUGUGCGGUUCGGACGGGCGGAGCUAUGAGACCGGCUGUGAACUGCAGAGGGCGCGAUGCAAAGAUAAGACACUGACGCUGGCUCACCGAGGCCGCUGUCGAGGUAAAAACUGGGUGAAAAUAGAUCCGCUGCCAGUGGCUCCAGCACCAACUUCCACAUCUGAGGGCAGAGACCUGGAGCUCAAAGAUGCAGGUCAGUCCAAGUGUCGCGUUGAGAGGAACCAGGCUCUGGAACAGGCCCGCAGACCUCAGGAGUCCAUGUUCAUCCCAGAAUGCAACGAGGACGGAACGUUCGCCCAGGUCCAGUGUCACACUCUGACCGGUUACUGCUGGUGUGUCACCAGCGACGGCAAACCAGUGAGUGGCUCCUCAGUGCACAACAGGACCCCGGUGUGUUCAGGAAACUUCCGUGAAUUUAUGGGAACUCAUGCUGGGACAAGUGGAUUGUCAGGGUCAGUAACCGACAAACCACCAGGGCCACCAAACUCUGGUAGAAAAGUCUCCUUCCGUUUCUUUCUCACCCUCAACCCAGACGACGGCUCCAAGCCCACGCCCACCAUGGAGACUCACAUCCCCCCCGAGGGCGAUGAGAUAACUGCUCCGACGUUAUGGAUAAAACAGCUGGUUUACAAGGAGAAUAAGCAGAACAGCUCCACUUCCAGGAAGCAAGAGAAAGUUCCCUCUUGUGAUCAGGAGAGACAGAGCGCCCUGGACGAGGCUCGGCAGAAUCCUCGAGAGGCCAUUUUUAUCCCCGACUGCGGGCCUGGAGGCCUUUACAAAGCGGUCCAGUGCCACCAGUCCACAGGCUACUGCUGGUGUGUUCUGGUGGACACGGGACGGCCCAUUCCUGGAACGUCCACCAGAUACCAGACGCCCGAGUGUGACGGAGCUGCAAGAUCUCGCAUCUCAGACACAGAGGAUCCGUUCCAAGGCAGAGACCUGACAGGCUGCCCGGAGGGGAAGAAAGUGGAAUUCAUUACCAGCUUGUUAGAUGCUCUCACCACAGACAUGGUGCAGGCCAUAAACUCACCAGCCCCCUCUGGUGGUGGGAGGUUUGUUGAGCCCGACCCCAGCCAUACUUUAGAGGAGAGGGUGGUGCACUGGUACUUCGCCCAGCUGGACAACAACGGUAGCCAUGACAUCAACAAGAAGGAACUCAAACCUUUCAAGAGGUACCUGAAGAAGAAAGCCAAACCCAAGAAAUGUGCCCGCAAGUUCACCGACUACUGUGACCUGAAUAAGGAUAGGGCCAUUUCCCUGCAGGAGCUCAAAGGCUGCCUCGGCGUCAGCAAGGAGGGAAGUUCAACAACAAGUGGCAACCAAGGGACAAGGCAAGGGACAAAUUUGUUCAUAGGUCGUCUGGUGUGAGAAGAGAAGGAUCGCGGAGCUGAGACGAGAGCAGAGGGCACAGAGGGAAGGCAUCUGUACGCUUGCUGACAGGAAAGAGAAAGAUGGAGCAGAAAAAUUAAGAAGUUCCUGAGUUUUUAAAAAGAAAAAAAAAACAAAAAGAACAGAAAAACAAGAAAAGAAAAAACGAAGCGGCGCCAAAAUAUUUGCACUUUCUCCUCCCCUAUGUUUGACAUUUUAUCUGUUUUUACGUGGUUUUUUUUCUUUUGAAGUGACUGAAAAUUUGAAGGUAAGAAUGAGAAUAUAUUUGUGAAGGGAUGACAGGCUCACCACUGGAAGAGCAAGUAUUGUGUGUGUUACCACAUCUCCCUGUGUGUUCAGUCUGCUGUUUUGAUUCAUUCAAUCCUCAGAUAACAAGAAAAGGGACUAAUGCACGUUUUGUGGCAAUUAAAUUAAACUUCCAUGCCGCCUGUAACAAAUAGCAGCCCACAGGCAAGUGCAAAAUCAUAAAAAAAUUAGCUUACGGUAGCCGUGUUUCCAGAUAACUGCCAGGUUGCAAGAAAUGAAAAGAAAAUUAGGCUUUUUUCCACUAUGUGCUUUGGAGCGAAUUAACUCAGCUGCAUGCUGUUGCCAGAAGGUGGCAGUAUAGGCGACAUAGCUGUAACAAACAGAGUAGAAGAAGCUGGAAAGUGCUUAAAAAAAUUGCAAAAAGAAGAAGAAACAAGCAAAACUUUGGUCAUUUUUCGGUGAAAAUUUGAAAAUAGUCUUUUUGAACUGCCUUUUAUUGGGAAAAUUGUAAUUAUUCUUUAAUGUCAGCUGGAAUUUGACAUUUUUUGCUGUCCGAAGGCAAAGAAACUUGCUACAUCAAAACUCUGAAAACCACCUUAAGGAGCAUAAAAACUUUCACAUCUUGCCAUUUCAGUUAACUUUUUCUAAUGCAAUACUUCAAAAUGUGUCUAAAAAUACAUUAUGGGAACUUGCUAUUUAAUCACAUCCGGUCCAAAUGUUGCUCAAAAGGAAGAGCUACAUCAGUGCAGACCAAUUUAAAUGAAUGUUGCACAUGAAUAUGCAAUUUGAAGUCAACGGCAUGUAUUGGAAUUAAACUGUGACCACGGAGUCUAAUUUAUCAGCACAGAAUUAGCUGCAGAAACCCCCUUGCGCUGCACAAAACCUUCUAGAUACAUUAACAUUUUGGCUCAAGGAUCAGGUGUUUAUGGUUUUUGCUAAGUCCUGUAUGUACCAGUGUUGGGGAAAGCUAGCUGUAAGUGGCUCUUCCCACGACUUACCUUAAAGUACCGUUUGUGUGACCUAAAACCAAUGCAAGUUCAUUGUGUUGCGUGUAGUUUGUAAUUUUUUUAAAUUAUUAUUAGCUUUAUUAUUAACAUGUCUCCACAAAAUGCCUUGACAGUUAUUUUCUCCUUUAUUUUUGCUAAGUUUGUGCUAACAAACGCAAAUAAUUACAGUAGAUAGAAAGUAAAUAGCAGUAGAUUGACAGCUGCAAAAUAUGUAAAGCAGUACUUUUGCAGUAAUGCGUCUCCUCAACACUGGUACAGUUCAUAUGCAAUCCUACGAAUACAACUUUACACUGUAGCCUAUAUGUUAGCAUGAACAUAAAGUACUAAAGCUGCAUUCAUUAGUUUUUAGCAAAUAAUGGUUGAUUAACUCAGAAAACCUGAGACACAUAAACUGCAAAACAUAGCUUUGUAAAGUUGUCCUUGCUGAUGUAGCUGAAACUGCAACAUUCAGCAGGAUUUUCUGUUUCCCUUACGAUGGUGGAUUUAGGGUUAGGGUCAGUUUCCACUGCACAUUAACUUUAAGAAUUUGUUUUGUUAGCCUAUUUCAGGAAUUUUGGGUUGAAGAUGGCCAGAUUUGAGAAAAGACUGCUGUGAGGACCUUCAGACGGCAGAAAUAUGGUGCUUAUUGUUUUCUCAAGCAGCGUCGACACCUGCACAGCAGUUUUUCAAAAAUACCUAUUCUGGAGAAGGUGCAUGUAGGGCUGCAAAAUAAUCCUAAAAGAGGUUGCACAGAGGCUGUUCUUAAGAUGCAGAUCACCUUAAAAUAGCUCACAAGAUACUGAAGUGAAAAAAAUAUACAAUUACUAUUGUUUUAUCUCCAUUUUGGUCUCCACCAGCUUAUGGGAAAACAACCAUGGUGCUUUAGCUGCUAAAUGCUCCACUGUGCUCACCAGUUUGAUGCUAAUGGGCAGUGUACUGCUAGUUUAUCAGAGCAUAUUUGCAGUUUAAUGAGAAAACUGAAACUUUAAAUUAAAAGGUACAAGAAAAAUGCGUGCUGAGCGAUAAUACCUGGUGGUUGAUUUUACAAUAGAUUUGACUUAAUGCUGAUAGAUCAAACACAUCGUUUAACGCAGCUUUAAGUUCAAACCGUAACGAAGGCCAUAGGUUUACAAUUGGAACAUUGUUUAAUGUGUAAUUUUACGUUAUGAUGCACGUCACUGUGGCCAGUUUCUGUUAACCUACAAAGAUAAUGUUCAUGUUUUACACAAUCAAACCUGAGUGACAUUGUUUUUUUUUCACCAAUAUUCUGAUGUUGAAUUCCUUUUGUUAUAGUAAUGACUUUUUAAGUUCACUCGCCAUUUCCUGCGACAAACAUGAACAGAUCUCUGACCCCCUGGUGGGGAUUUUACCUUUCCAAAACAGAUUACAGUCCAGAAAGUGAGUUUUAAAUAUAACUCUAACAGUACCAGUAAAAACAGGUGUCACAGAUGACUAACCCCAACCAGUAAAUGCAGUGAGGAGUUUACAUCUUGUUUUUAUCAGCCCACAUCAUAUUCAAGUUUACUGUAAGCAAGACGUGGCAUUUACGAACAUCACUUCAGAAAAUAAAUACUGGUGUCUCCUCAUAUCAGAGUAGAGUUUGUGUAUGUAAAUCCUCCAACAGCUGAUGUGAGUCUGGGAAACACUAAACACGGUGCAUGUUGUGUAAGACACUGCAAUUUAUUUUAAAACACCCCCCCAGAGUGUCCGACUAACAGGAAAAUGACUGAGCAGGGAGGAAAAACACUUAUGAGUUUUGGAAUGUAAAAACAAAAUAAAUGAAUAAAGAUUUCUUACUUACAUUUGGGAACAAUUGAGCUUCAAAAAUUGGAGAAUCAUGCCUUUGCUGUUGUGGUCUGAAUGCCUGUGUAUUUGUUUUGAGUUGUGUAUUUCCCAAGAGUCGCUGCUACGGCUCAUGAACAUGAGACAAAAAAAAAAAAGGCUCCUAUUGUAAAUAUGUACAAUAACCUAUGUUUGUUUGUUUUACUAAAUUUCAUUGUGGGGGCA